CCGCGUAACCAGUUGGUGGGGUGUAAAGCUUCGCAGCAGAUAUCAAAAAAUGAAGGCUGUGUUUGCUGCCGUGUUGCUGUCGUUGGUCGCAUGGUGCGAAGGGUACCCAUCUGGUGCACCUUCGACGGCCUGUGUUGAUCUCCUACCACGUCACAAGGUGAGAAACGAGAAGAACGAAAAGUUAGAAAACCAUUACGAAGCUCAGAGAUCCAACUCACCAUACAGAAUAGAGAUCUCCCCCAAGAACGCACAACCAGGAGGAUUAGUCAAUUUUACCAUAAAGGGCGAAGAUUCCUUCCAAGGAUUCUUCUUGAGGGUAUUCGACAGCCAGUCAAAUAAACCAGUCAGUGGACAGUUUAGAUCCACAGACGGAGCACACCCCGUCAAGUGUGACGCAGACAAGGACUCCAUAACCCAAAACGGAAAAGACGAAAAGAGAGAUUUGAAAGUCACCUGGGAGGUUCCUAGCUCCUUGAAAGGACCAGUCAAUUUAUAUGUAGGAGCAACCAUCCUUCAGAAUUUCAGAACAUUUUGGAGAAUCAACUCCGACUCCUUCUCCGUCAAAUAAACACCAUUACUGUAUUGUUACGCAGUCACGUUUCUUUCUUUUUUUUAAUUGUUAUUCGUAUAACUACUACUCUUUUUAUAUUUUCUUUGUAAGUAAAUUAGAUACGAAAUAAAAUUAAUCUGUAAAAACACAAAUAUAAUUAUUUUU